GCCCCUACGUCCGAACUCCGUUCAACGACGUCGGAUUGGCGCCAAAAUUCCCCCACUCUCGUUCAUUUUGGGGCCGCCCGCCUCGGCCUCUAGGGUUCGCUUUUCCUCCAUUGCCGCUUCGACGUCGCCUGCUUCGUCUGAAGUAGAGCUGUUCCCUUCGGAUCGGAAGUCACGGAUAUCUACCUACCGUGGAAUGGAGAGUUUCGAUGAAGAGGACGGUCUAGCCGUUCCCGUGGCCGAGAAGUCAUCCUCUCCCUUCCCCAAGCCAAAACUCAAGCGCCUUAAAAGGGCUACAUCUCCUUCGCUUCUGCGUCCAUUAGCGAACCCGGGGGUUUCCGAUGAUCCGACGAAGAUUUCAGCUGUUGCCUCGGAACCCGGUGAGAUUCGUACGGGUACCUCCUGUGAGAUGGAGGAGGGUUUAGGUGAGGAAACGGCGCAAGAGCUUGAUCCUUUGUUCGCGUAUGGGAGUGGUGAAGGGAUUUUGGGUGAUUCGUAUGUACAAGAGGUGGAUGUGAGUGAAGUUAGAGGCGGAAAGGGCGAAGAGGAAGGGGCUGUGGAGGAAUUAGUGAAGGAACAUAACGUGAAGAGGAGACUUAGAUUGGAAGAUGAAGGUGGAGAUCCGAAUACGAGGAGGAAGAAAAAAGGAAAGUCUAGGAAGCUCGAAGGCCCGGAUGAGAUUCCGAAGGAAUCUGUUCGGGAAAGAAAAAGGCUUGAGAAGGCAAGGAAGGCGGAGUUGGAGCUCCUACAUGCUGAAUCACAGAGGCUUCUGCGAGAAACCAGAGAUGCAGCGUUUAAGCCUGCGCAGCUCAUUCAGAAACCAAUAUCUUCAGUGUUAGAGAAGAUCCGUCUCCGGAAAUUAGAAAUAUUGAAAAGUUGUAACAUCCUUAGUUCGCUGCCUUCUGUUAUUGAAACUCAUUGUGCUACGGUGAUUGAUGGUAACUCAGACGCACUGAAGGGUCAAAGUGACAUAAAAGAGACUGAAGUGAAUGCAUGUGUGACCAUUGAUGUUGGCUCCGAAGGCACAUGUCAGAAUCUCAUUAAUGAUACACAGGUAGACAGAAGUGGUUCCCAGUUAAGUACUGGAGGUGAUAAGCUGUUCAAUUCUCAGGAAGCUAGCCCUCCUUCAUACCCAAGUACCUCUAGUUUAAAGAUUGAUGAUGGUGGCAAUGAUGAUGGUGUUGCCAGGUCCAGUGAUAAUGACAUUUCAUCGUCCGAAGAAGACAGUGACAAGGAAAACAUUGGUCCUAGGGCUUACAGUGUUGUGAACAAGGACUUAUCUCCUAAAGAUGACAUUGCAAAAGCUUUUCUUGAUGUUGAGGCUGAAGAAGAAGAUGAUAGCGAUUGUGAUUUGUUGAGGUUUCAAGAAAAUGAAGAGGAAAGUGAUACUGAUGAACAUGAAGAACUUGAUGACCUGAUUGCUACAGGUUAUAAGGAGGCACCAAUAGACCAAGAGAAACGCAAUGAACUUCAUCAAAAGUGGCUUGAGCAACAGGAUGCUGCUGAAACGGACAAUGUUAUCCAAAGGUUAAAAUCUGGUCGUCAAGGACUUGGAAAACCAGCUUUAAUUCAUGGUGAUCAUGAUAAUCACGAUGCGAGUGAUAAUGAUGAUGAUGAAGACAAUGAUAGUGAUGAUGAAGCCAAAUAUAAGAACCAUCCUAUAGAUACAUCUCGUCAAAGUUUGAAAAAGGCUAAGCAAAUGAUUUCUCACAUGUUUACUGAUGCUAACGAUGUUUACAUACCAUCAGAUGAUGAAGAGACAGAAAAGAAUCUCAUUCGUCAACAUAUUAAGCAUAGUGAAGAACCUUCCUUCAUAACUCCAGUGGAAGAUGAAAGUUCUCGAGAAUUUUUUAGUCUUAUAAAGAAGUUGAACAUAGCCCCAACUACUAAGAAGAGAGGAAAAGCUUCAGCACCUCUCUUUGAUUCUGUUGCUUUGUCCGGAAGCAGCAAUAGUUCUUCGAAGGUAACCUAUAAACCUAUAAAAAUUGCUGAUAAAGCUGAAAUGGAAAGUAUGUCUGCGAAGAAUUCCAUGAAUGACAAGCUCGGUUCAAAACUGAAAUCAUCUGUUAUUAAAAGAACGGUGCAAAGUAACUCAGAGAGUGGUUCUUCUCUUUUUAACAUUCUACGGCAAUCAUCUAUUCAUUUCGACAAAAAGUUGGAGAGCAAAAACUCUGUUAGCAGUCAUGUCCUUACUGAAAGUCAAGCUGCUUACAAAUUUUCUGCCUUCUUGAGGAGAAAUUCAAAGAUGGAUUCCAGAACUUGAUUCUCCUAUGCAGAAUGUUAAUCUAUUCUUUUGUUUUAUGUUCAAACAUGUUCUAUAAUUUAGUGCAAAAAAAUUAUCAAAAUUUAACUUUUAAAAGCAAUGAAUGAGUAAUAAUGCAAAAGAACCUUGCUUUUAACUUGCGUUGAAAGAUUACAUCAAGGAUCAGCUUUAAGCUCAUAUCUUUUUGCUUUGGUCAUGGAUGUUCUCCCUGGGCAUUUGCAAGAGGUUGUACUCUCGUGUAUGUUUUUGUU